CGCCGUUUGACUUCAAUUAUAUGGUUGGUUAAUUCGAAAACCUAAAAUUUCGCUCUCUUCGUCACUUUCCCAGUUCAGUGCCCUUUUCCCUCCACUUACUCUCUUUCUUUCUCUUCAGAUUUUGAGAGCCAAACUGAGACUACAAGCAAGGUUGUUCUGCAAUGGAUGCUACAGCAGAGAAUUCACAACGCCGUCCUUUGUCAAUUAAACUAUGGCCUCCAAGCCAAAACACACGCCAAAUGCUUGUGGAACGUAUGACAAACAAUCUCACAUCUAAAUCCAUUUUCACCCAGAGAUACGGUGUUUUGACCCGGGAGGAGGCUGAAGAAAAUGCAAAAAAGAUUGAGGAUGUGGCUUUCACCACUUCAAAUCAGCACUAUGAGAAGGAGCCUGAUGGUGAUGGAAGUUCUGCAGUCCAGCUUUAUGCUAGGGAAUGCAGUAAGCGUUUGCUUGAAGUUCUUAAGAAAGGCCCUGGACAUAAGGAAGAGAGAGGUGUUUUAACAUCUGAGGAAACCAAGGAUGACCAGCAAGAGUUGGCAUCUGAGAAAGUCAAUGCAGCGCAUGAAACCUUGUUUGAUAUAUCUAAAGGACAGCGAGCCUUUCUUGAGGCAGAGGAGGCUGAGGAGAUAUUAAGGCCAUUAAAGGAGCCUGGAAACUCUUUUACUAAGAUAUGCUUUAGCAAUAGAAGCUUUGGUUUAAAAGCAGCCAGAGUUGUUGAGCCUAUUUUGGUUUCCCUCAAGGGUCAGUUGAAGGAAGUUGACCUCGCAGAUUUUAUUGCAGGAAGACCGGAAGAAGAGGCUCUUGAAGUUAUGAAUAUAUUCGCAUCUGCCCUGGAAGGUAGCAUUUUGAGGUCUCUAAACCUCUCGAAUAAUGCCUUGGGUGAGAAAGGUGUCAGGGCUUUUGGGGCUCUCCUGAAAUCACAGAGUUCAUUGGAGGAGCUCUACUUAAUGAAUGAUGGUAUCUCAGAAGAAGCUGCACGUGCAGUUUGUGAAUUGAUUCCCUCCACAGAGAAGCUUAAGAUCCUUCAUUUUCAUAAUAAUAUGACAGGCGAUGAAGGGGCCCUUGCUAUCUCCGAGGUUGUAAAGCAUUCUCCAUUGUUAGAGGAUUUUCGGUGCUCCUCAACUAGAAUAGGCUCGGAAGGAGGAAUUGCAUUAUCAGAAGCACUUGAGAGUUGUACUCGAUUGAAGAAGCUUGACCUGCGCGAUAACAUGUUUGGAGUGGAGGCUGGAAUUGUACUAAGUAAAGCUCUUUCUAGGCAUGCUGAUCUCACUGAGGUUUACCUGAGCUAUCUCAACUUGGAAGAUGAAGGUACAAUUGCCAUAGUCAAUGCCCUCAAGGAAUCUGCUCCUUUGCUUAAAGUCCUGGAGCUGGCUGGGAAUGACAUUACAGCUGAAGCUGCUCUUGUUAUAUCUGCUUGUAUAGCAGUGAAGCAGCAUCUUGUCAAGUUAAACUUGUCUGAAAAUGAACUUAAAGAUGAAGGUGCUGUCCACAUUAGCAAGGCCUUGGAAGAGGGGCAUGACCAGCUGAAGGAACUUGAUAUGAGUGCCAACUUUAUAAGACGAGCUGGAGCUCGACUCUUGGCACAGAUGGUUAUUAAAAAACCUGGGUUUAGUCUGCUGAACAUUAAUUCAAAUAUCAUCUCUGAUGAAGGCAUUGAUGAGGUAACAGAAUUAUUUAAGAAAUCACCUGAUUUGCUUGGAGCCCUGGACGAGAAUGACCCUGAAGGAGGUGAUGGUGAUGACAAAUCCGGAGAGGGCGAAGGUGAUGAGGAUGAAUUGGAAUCGAAGCUGAAGAAUCUUGAAGUUGGUGGUGAAGAUGAUUAAAGAUUCUCUUAUUUUAGGUGUCUUAAUAUAGAAUUUGCAGCACUUGUAACCUUUGGGACCUCAACAAUGGUGAGAGCAAUUGACAGCAUUAACCGAGCAGGGUAUUGGACUGUUAGUUUGGUGGAGGCCUAGAGCAGUAGGUAAGUUUUAGGGGAGUCUUCUGCCGUUUUUUCUUCUGGAAUCUCUAGAUUUCUGAGUCAUUCACUUGUCAGCAGAUCUUGUAACAGAGUCACUCUGAUAGUGCUAAUGAUGCAAUGGCAAAAAUAUUGUUAGUGCU